AAAUGUGACAUUCAAAUUCAUCUUAUUUAAAACAAAGGUUAAUUUUUAAUAUUAUUAUAUGCUUCAUAUUGUGUGAAAAGUUUAAUCUAAAUUAUUUCUGAAAUUUAAACUAUAAUCAUUUAAAAUUAAAAUAAAAACCUAAAGCACCAGAUUUAAUUUACAAAUUUAUAUUUUACAAGUUAAAUAGUUAAAUUAUGUAUAAUAUUUAAAUUUGAGUAAUUUAAUAUGAAAAAAAGGCAAAUAACUGAAUCUAAUGGCUUUGAAGAAUGGGGUGGUUACAUGGAAUCUAAGAAAUCAAAACUAGAAGAACAGUUUUUAAGUAAAGUUAAUAGUGAUGAAAACAAUGUAAUAAGUCAAAUAUUUAGGGGCAUCUCUAUAUUUGUGAAUGGUUAUACAUCACCUUCUGCUGAUGAACUUAAACACAUUAUGAUGGAAAAUGGUGGCGUUUACCAUCAUUAUCAUAGACCUGGUCUUACCACUCAUAUUAUUGCAAGUAACCUACCCAAUGCAAAACUUAAAUUACUUAAACAGUAUAAAAUAGUAAAACCAGAAUGGAUAUCAGACAGUCUUAAAAAAGGAAAACUUUUAAACUAUAGUGAAUACUUGCUUUUUAUUGAUAAGCCUGACCAACCAAAAUUGGAUUUUCCUUUACAAGUUAAAAAUUCUUCUGAACCUUCAUUUUUGUCAGAAUUUUAUAAUAAUUCUCGAUUACAUUUAAUAUCUACUAUGGCUACUACGUUUAAAAAAUUGGUGAAUGAAACUAGAAAAAAUAAUAACACACUCUUUCCUGGGAGAUUACGGUUAAAAAAUUCAUUAAACCAUGAAGAAUUUAAUUCUUUUUCACAAAACAAAAUAGAAAUAACUAACAAAAUAAUUAUGCACAUAGAUAUGGAUUGUUUCUUUGUAUCUGUUGGAUUAUUAGAAAGACCAGAGCUUCAAGGAAUGCCUAUAGCUGUUACUCAUGCUAAAACAAACUCAUCAUUAAAAAGAGAUGGGGUUAAUCGUGAAGCAGAGAUAGGGUUAUACUAUAAACGUUGGAAUAUAAAUGAUACAGAUCAAAUUGAGGACGACCAUUUUAAAACUAAAAGUUCUAAAAUAACCAAUAAAUUAGAUGGUAUUAAUACUACUGAUUCGAUGGCUGAAAUAGCUUGUUGUAGUUAUGAAGCAAGAAGAGCUGGCAUUAAAAAUGGUAUGCUAGUAGGUCAAGCUAUGAAAAUUUGUCCUGAAUUAAAACUUAUACCCUACAAUUUUGAUCAGUAUAAAAAAGUUGCUCAUAUUCUAUAUACGCACAUAAUGAAUGAUUAUACUUUAGAUGUUGAAGCUGUAAGCUGUGAUGAAUUAUACUUAGAUUGUACUGAAAUUUUAGAAACUACGAAAAUUUCACCUCUUCAACUUGCUCAUGUACUUCGAAAUGAAAUAAAGGAAAAAACCAAUUGUCCUUGUUCUGUUGGAAUAGGUCCUAAUUGUCUUUUAGCCAGAUUAGCUACAAAAAAAGCAAAACCUAAUGGUCAAUUCUAUUUAGGAAUAAAUGAUGUUAUGGAUUUUUUGGCUAACAUAAACAUUUCUGAUUUACCUGGAGUAGGAAGAAAUACCAGUCACAAAUUAUCAUUACUUGGAGUAAACACAUGUUCUGAAUUAAGAUCAUUAUCUCUAGAAACGCUUCAAACAGAAUUUGGAAAAAAAGUUGGACAAUCAUUAUUUAAGCAUUCUCGUGGAGAAGAUGACCGAAAUCUCAACUAUGAUUAUCGACCAAAAUCUGUGUCUGCAGAAGUUAAUUAUGGAAUUAGAUUUCAAAAUAAAGAAGAAUCUCAAAAUUUUAUCAAACAGCUAUGUGAAGAAGUUGAAAAACGCUUGGAUGAUGUUGAAAUGGUUGGAAAAACAGUGACACUGAAACUAAUGAUUCGUAAUGCUGAAGCUCCAAAAGAGUCUGCAAAAUUCCUUGGUCAUGGUUUUUGCGAUCAUAUUACUAAAUCAAGUUCGUUGAUGAAGCUAACAUCAAAUUCUAAUGUAAUAUUUCAAACUAUUAUGAAAAUAAUUGACAAAUUAAAUAUUGAUCCAAAAGAACUACGUGGCAUAGGAAUUCAAAUUAAUAGGCUAGAAAGGCGUACAAUAAAAAAAGGUGGUCAGAUCGAACAUUUUAUCACCAAUAUGAAAAUCAGACAAGAUCACAAUCCUUUAAAUAAUAUACAAAUAGAAUUUAAGCCUCCAAAAAGUGCAGAUUUAAAUGACUUUGAUAAAUUGUCAUACAAGUUUAAUAAAUCAACUAGCUCAAUUUCAAGUGAAAAAUCUAAACCCAUUGUCAAAAUGUUUAAAUCCAUAGAAUCAAAAUCAAAUAAAAACUCUUCUCCGCUCUUACAUUCUAACACUUAUCAGUCAUUAAAUAAUAUAAAUGUAUCUCAAGUGGAUCAAUCAUUUCUUGAAGCUUUACCAGAAGACAUACGUUUAGAGUUAGAAAAUGAUCUAAGAAUUUAUAAAAAAAAUGAAUUAUUUAAUGGCAAUAAUAACUUAAACACAAAUAAUAUUUUUGAAGAUAGUUCAAAAUUAUACCAACAAGUUAACAUAGAUCAAAUGAAAGAAUUUAUGGAUGAAUGGAUAUUAACAGAACUUGAACCAAAAGAUUGUGAUAAUAAAAUGGUUACAGAAUAUCUUUGUUGUUUAAUAAAAGAUAAUCGAAUGGAAGAUGCAUAUGAAUUACUAAGAAGAUUGUAUAGAUUAGUGAAAAUAAAAGAUCAAUAUUUGUGGAAACAGAGUUAUUUUUUUAUUGUAAAAAAUAUGCAAGAAAUAAUGCUAAAAUUGUAUAAUGCAAAAUUGAAAGUAGAGACUGUAUUCUAAUGAGAAUAAUUUUAUAUAAUUUAAUUUUUAAUUUAUUGAAUAUAAAGGAUGGUAAUUUUCAUUAUUUAAAAUACAAUAUUGAUAGCACAGUUAA